CCUUGCCCUUUUUUAGGAUGAUCGCCCCUCUAAUCUGUGAGUAGACACGACUUUCCACAACGGCACACGGCGCGCACAAUGAUGACGUAGGCACCGCUCUCUUCACAGCAACAAACAUGGAGGAAUAUGCCCGUGAACCUUGCCCCUGGAGAAUAGUGGAUGACUGUGGAGGCGCUUUCACCAUGGGUGUCAUUGGGGGAGGGGUGUUCCAGGCGAUCAAGGGCUUUCGCAAUGCCCCUGCAGGUGUCGGACACAGGCUGAGAGGAAGCGCCAAUGCAGUGAGAAUGAGAGCUCCUCAAAUCGGAGGUAGCUUCGCCGUGUGGGGAGGGCUCUUCUCCACCAUCGACUGCGGGUUAGUUCGCUUGAGAGGGAAAGAGGAUCCUUGGAACUCUAUAACAAGUGGAGCACUUACUGGGGCCAUCCUGGCAGCACGCAGUGGGCCGUUAACUAUGAUGGGCUCUGCUAUGAUGGGGGGGAUUCUGCUCGCUCUAAUUGAGGGAUUUGGGAUCCUCCUAACCAGAUAUACAGCACAGCAGUUUCAGAACUCUAUUCCAUUUGCAGAAGAUCCCAGUCAGCUGCCUCCGAAGGAUGGAGGUGAGCAGCAGCCUCGGGGGGCAAAGGGGGAGUUUCAGUAGAGCGUCCGGGAACCGGCUGUGGACACAUAGAGUGAAACCAGAGAGAUGGGAGUACAAUAAACAUCACAGCAGGUAACAGGAGGACGCGGAUGUGGAGACAUUGGUCUCCACGUUGGUUGUCAGGAGUAGUUGCACUAUGUACGUAUACCUCAAGUUUAUUUAUUCUGUGUAUUUUUCUAAAGUGAAUGCUUGUAACAAACCUCAUGUUUGCACCUCCAGCACCUCGUGCAACAUUUUCUGCACCCGAGGGUUACUCUUCACUGUGUGAGUUAAAUGUGCAAUUUUGAAAUGUGGCUAAAAAUCAAUUGUAUUAUUUAACAUUUAGGUGGCAGCUGUAUUCUAAAAGAAUAGUUUGACAUUUUGUGAAUUACAACAAUUUGCUUUGAUGCAGAGUAAGAUUCUCUCUUUCACAUCCCUUUUGUUUUUUGACCAGGUGCGCUGACUUGCUGUGUGCACAUAUAUUUUUAUGUAAUCCUGAGCAAGAAAGCAAAUUUCUGAAGAUAAUAAACUAUUCCUUUAGGCUUUCUUAGAUUGUACAUAUGUGCACAGAUCUGUGAGUAAUUUGUUAAUGACUGCGAGGCAGGAAGGUAGAGCAAUAAAACAAACGAGGCGUCAGUAAGGUUAGAUCUUAGAGGCGUGCGUGAUGGCAAUCUGAAGUCAGUGACAUUUAAUGCAAAGAACAUUACGCGUGUUUAAUUAUAUGUGCACUCAAGAUGCGGCUUGGCUCAACGAAAGUCUGAUGCCACCCUUUGUUUGCAUAAUCUCUUAAUAUGGUCUUGCCUCACUGGGCAGAUGUUACUGUCAAUCUUUGAUGAGUCGUUAUUCUCUUAACUAUUAGAAGGAUGGGCACAAAGCGUGAAAAAUAAGAAUGAGUUCCCCAAAAAACAAUGGCUUGAAUUACUUAUACAUGCACCGCACUUUGAUCACUGCAUUAUCCAUCAAGCAACCAAGCACCUUUUCCUAAAAUAGUGGCAUAUCCCACAGGACUGCAGUGGAUCCUGUGUGUUUUCCAAUCGAACUGUGAAUAGAAUGUUUAUUGUAUGUAUUGUCUUAUUACAUUCAGCUUGCAAAAGUGGAUGAAAGAAAACAAAUAAUAAAGGCAUCAAAUGUUCUUUAAA